UUUUUUUUUUUUUUUAAAUAAGUAAGACUUCAAAAAACGAAUUUGAUAUUAACAUAGAACAAGCAAUGUGAUGAAUAUCAUUAGGUAAUAUUUUUAUUUUUCUCUGAAAUUGUUUUUACAUUCUGAAAUUUAAGGUUGUAUUUCGAAGAGACUCUACGGAAACUUUUUAAUCAACGUUAACGAUCGUUCCGCCAUUUUUUGGUACCUCCGUCUAUUUUGUGUUAACCAUGUAAACAAACACACAUGGGCCAAAAUGACGAUAACGAAGACAGUUUGUUGUCCGGAUACUUUAUUGAGGUUGGUCAGAGAGCCUAGCUUAAAAUAAAGGAUCAUGGAUUACACUUGGGAAGGUUGCAAUGUCUGCGGGGAGGACCAUGUUACGGAGAGUUGUCCAGAACUUGGACUAUUGCCAUCAGAAAUUCAUGAUCCAGCCACUACUAAGGCUAGACUGACGCUGCCACACUCUAUGUGUGUGGUGGAUUUAGGAGAACACGAAGUUGCUGUGAUAGCCCAAAGUCCAAUCAGUCGCAAAACACAGUAUGGUCCAUUCGAAGCCAAAAAGACUACUCAUGAAUUUAAUGAUGAUUCGUUGUUCCUUUUAAAGGUGAUUUUCAGAGAUUCUGUCAUCAGUCUGGAUACAACAAGUGAAAAUGAGUGUAACUGGUUAUGUCUGGUUCGAACAGCCAAUACAGCAGAUGAACAGAACAUGAUAGCAUAUCAGAUGGGGACCAGCAUUUACUACAGCACUAUCAGAGACAUCGCCCUCGGGGAGGAACUCAAGGUGUGGUAUGCAGCUCCCUACGCCAGAAAAAUCGGCAAAAGUGUCACACCUGACGGUGUUAGCAGAGUUAUGCUGAAUAUGGAGGUGAUCUAUCCCUCCAUUGAUGAUGUCCCAGAAAGUUUCCAGCCUGAGGUUCCUCAAGGACCUCCAACUCAGGAGGAGACAACUCUAGAGGAUCACACAAUGACCAGCCAGAAUAUGAUCCAGUCUGAAACCACAGAUCCCGAGCUGUUACAGGUGGCAACACACAUCAGUAAGACAGACAAAGAACAGCAGACUAUGGUUUUACCGGAGGAUAUACAUCAGAUGAUGUCUGCUAACUCGUCAGUGAUGGAAGAGCCUGAGGUUGAUGUCGUCAUGGAGAGGACCGACCUACCUCAUCAUGCAUGUCAGCGCUGUGAACAGACAUUUACGUCCGAAAAUGACCUGGCUCAUCAUCUCAUUCAACACCUGUCACAGACCGAGGAAAAACGUAAAAAAGGCAAGCACAUGAAAAGCAAUGUUAUGAAUGAGGAUGUGGAAUCUGAAAAUAUUCAAACAGAUGUGAAGAAGGAGACAGCCGAGGAAGACUGGGAAACAUUGGGAGUAGAUGACCCCAGUGAUCCAGAUUUCACAGGGGCAAAAAACAUGGCUUUCACUGUGUACGAAGUCUCAUACAAAGAACGACCCCGCAGGAGCAUGAGAAGUCGGCGCAAGAUCGAUAAAGACUUCCUGUAUCUCUCAAAUUCGAAAGGGUCUAGAAAAACAACAGAGACUAAAGACCUGUCAAGGAAAUCUCCAUCAGAAGAGACUCUUCAUUUGGAAUUUGAAGAAAUGAAUGCAGACAUCAGACCUACAAACAGUGCAGGUGAUAAUCAACAAAGCGUAGUGAAAAAGAAAAGAGGAAGGGGUAGACCAAGGAAACAACCAUUCACUGUUAAUAAUAUUGUCAGGAGGGAGUCAAAUGUUGCAACACAACACAAUUCAAUUCAGCUUGUCAAAUCUUCAGAGGAAGCUAAGGAAAUCGUAACUGAGAUCUUGUCAAAUAUUGUGAAUCAGCUGCCAGAGCUCAGAGACACGGAAGUAGAUGAUAUUCCCCAAGAGCAAGAAGGUGUAAAUAUCACAGUCACAACUCAGGGAGAUGAACUGCCAGAUGGUGUAAAUAUCAAAGUCACAUCUCAGGAAGAUGAACUGCCAGAUAGAGGUGUGAUCUCAUCCCUGAAGUCAGAAAGUACAAAUUCCUUAAUAGGUACAAACCACGUGACUGAAGAAAAUACAGAAAGGGAGAUAAAUCCAGAUGUAAGAGGAACCAAUACUGCAUCCGAAUGUGCUGUAGACGAGGAUGAAAAUUAUGAAAUUGUCAUAGAAUAUGAGGAACAAAUGUCGCAGCUGCCCGACGACCAGCAGCAGUCUGAGUUAGAACAGGACAAGACGGGAACAACACGGGCUGGUUCCACCAUUGAUAACAUGACAGUGAUGAACGAACAGUCUGAGUUAGAACGGGAGGAGACGGGAACAACACGGGCUGGUUCCACCAUUGACAACUUGACAGUGAUGAACGAAAUGAAAAGAAUCAAAACCUUACAGAAACUGAGAACCAAAUACAAACAUGUAUGUAAACACUGUGGAAAACAUUUCAAAAGUAUACACUACCUCAAAUUACAUUUGCCAAUGCAUACUGGGAAAUUUUCAUGCAAAUACUGUGGAUUUAACUUCGCAAGGAAGGAGAGCAUGAUUAAGCAUGUCUGUAAAAUGAAGAAAGUCGUCAAAUUGCUGGAAAUGGACGGAAAAGACGUUUAUCAAUGCUUGCUUUGUGAUAAAGAUAUGGAAGAUGUGAAGGAGGUGAAAGAACAUUAUUUAUUCCACAGCAAGGAGGUGCGCUGCAUGGACUGCAAUCAGGUGUUUGGACGGCAGCAGUUGCUUAGGGAUCACAUCUGUCCCCAGGCACCAGAGAAACUGAUCAAGUGUGACAUCUGUAAACAUCCAUUUCCCUCAGAGAAAUCCUUGAUGAGGCAUUUAGCUAUCCAUACAGACAUCUUCAAAUGCCCCAACUGUCUCAAGACGUUUGCCAGGAAGGACUCCCAGUUGAAGCAUAUCUUGGUGUGUUGUCCGGAGAGAGCUGAGGAAUAUGGGGUGUAUGCCUGCAGCAAAUGUCGCAAAGGAUUCGCCACAAAGCUUGGCCUUGAUAACCACGAGGCCAUGUGUGAACAGGAGUUCUGUGAUAACUGUAACAAGGUGUUUGAUUCGUUGGAAAUGCUGAAGAAACAUCAAGAGACAUGUGACCAAGUCACCACUUACGUCAAAAAAGAUAAAGUCUUGUUUUCUUGCAGCAUUUGUAAGAAAUCAUUCAGAAAUCUUAAUUACUUGUAUCGACAUAAAGAGCUGCACUCUGAUCAACUUGAGUGCUCCAUUUGUAAAAAAUUAUUUAAAGCAGAAAGUGACCUGGAUGAGCAUUAUCGAUUCUGCCUCGCUAACAGCACUAUUACUGAAAAAGGAAGUGCAGCGUGUGAAAUCUGCAAAGUUGAAUUUUUCUCCACCAAGGCAUACAGAGAACAUUAUCAAACUCACACUCAUCCUUACAGCUGUGAGAAGUGCAAGAAACGAUUCAUUAAAGUGGGCACACUUCACAACCAUCAGUGCUUGCUGAACACUGCCCUGGUAGAGUGCCAUCAUUGUCAACAACAGUUUCCUGGCCACACUGCACUGAAGGCUCACAUCAAAAAGGAACAUCGGAGGACUCUUCAGUGCAAGAGCUGCAUGAAAAUUUUCAUAGCCUACAAAGAGUUUGAGACGCACAUGUGUGUUGAUGAACGUGGUAACUCUGUACAAUUCGUUUCAGAGAGUGACCUGAGUUUGAUAGGCGAUAAACCUAUCUGCCAUGUGUGUGGAAAGGAAUUCACUACCACAAGCAAUCUGAACAAGCACCUGAAAAUCCAUGGGGAAAAGAAUGUGGAAUGUGAAUUUUGUGGGAAGAAAUUUCAUCAUGAAGAAUAUCUGAAGGUGCAUGUGGAAGGAGUCCACGAGAAAAAGCACAAAUUCCAAUGUGAAGAAUGUGGAAAAUUUCUUACCUCCAAACCAGGACUUACAUCUCAUAUCAAGCAGUUUCAUUCAGACGAGAAAGUGGUUUAUCCUUGCUCAGAGUGUGGCAAAGUCUUUAAUCAAAAGGGAAAUCGCAAGAUGCACAUGUACUCCCACAUGAAGGAAAAACUCUUCAAAUGUGACGAGUGUGAGAAAACAUUUAAGUACCCAGAGCAGCUUAAGAAACACAAAUUCAUACACUUAGAUGGGGAGAAGCUGAAGUGUGAAUCAUGUGACAAAAUGUUUCCCAAACAAGCCGACUUAGAGAAGCACAUGCAGACUGCACACAGUGGCCUCAUGUACGUGUGCAAUGUUUGUAACUCUCGCUGUGCACACAAGCAUACGUUACUCAGACAUUAUAAAAGAAAACACCCAGAGUAUGCAGAGCUCACGAAACAAGACACUUUUGUGAAUUCACUGGUUCAGAGGGUGGAAAUGGGAGAGGAGACACCGAUGAUUACAUACAGUUAUGUGAACGACUCCAUCGCGGUGCCCAUGGAAACCGUCACCAUAGAAGAAAAUACCUUGCCUCAAGUUGCGGCAGAAGCCUUGAAGAGUCUGUCUGGCACCAUUGUAACCUCGGAUCAACAAAUCCUAACCACUAGUGGCAUACAGACUCUGACGUCAGCGGAUAUCAUCAAUGUGCCUACAGUAGAUGGGAAUUUCCAAAUUCAAAAUCUGGUUCAGGACCCCAGCAAUCAAGAUGACCAGCAGACUGUGGUCAUACUUCAGAUUGUGAACCCUGAGAAUGAACAGGGAGUUGUCACUGAGGAGGUUGAGGUCAUUGGAAAUGUUAUUGACCUUCCAGAGGUCAAGGAAAAUGAGCAGGGGCAAUAUAUUGCUUUACAUUAAAAAAAAAUUUAUUUCCAAUUAUUACCAAUGGAUAUUUAAUGAUUAAAAAUGUUCACUCUUCCUGAACUUGUACACUUUACUCCAGUUAUUGUACCAUACUGUAUUUGUAUGUAUAGUGUACAACAACCUUGUUUUUUUUUUUAUUUAAUCAAAUUUUAUUAUAUUACAUAAUUGUACACUCUAACUUGUAUGUUCUGUCCAUGAAUGAUGUGAAUAGGAUUUAAGAUUUCUUAAUUUGACAGCCUGAUUCUCUAUGAACAGUAUUUUAGGAGUUUGUAGUACAUGUAUAAAAGCAGUUUUGAUAAAUGCUUGUUUCUUGCUACAUAUUCAUGUACAUUUUGUGUGUCAUAGAAUUCACUUAAAUUAGAAUUCACUUUUUCUUCUCAUCUUGAGUGAUACAAAUAUAUUGGCAAUUUUUCUCACCUUGACUGAUACAAAUAUAUUAUAUUGGCAGUUAAGAAAUAUAGAAAAUGAGUUGUGUGUUUGUGGUGAAAAAUUUCUUGAUGCAAUUCCAUUCAAAUAAAGUAGUACUAUUAUUAACAUCUAAAACAAAAGUAAUCUCUUACAAUAUGUUUGAUGGGAAAGUUCUUCUCUGUAAUGUGUAUGAAUACUGUAGGAGGGUUUGGAUUGUAAAUUUACUUCCUUUCAUCCUGCCAUUAAAUCAUUGAUAUUAAACAUUAUUAAAACUGA